UCCGCCUCGCUCUCCUAUCGGACCGUUUCCCCUACCGCAUCCAUUUUUUGUGCAUUCAAGAAAUCUCUUGGAGUUAGCAGCAGCAGCGGCGGCAACCAGGAGGGAAUCGCGGGGAAGCGAUUACCGCAAUAAGGGAUCGCGCGCCCUACCAUUGGACGAUGCGCGAGAGCUCUCCGUAAGCGGCAGCAGCCAUGGGUUAGACUGCACUCACCAUGAUUUCGAAAUAAAAGCAGCAUCUACACCUGAGAAUGUCAGCUCGGGGGGCCCCGGCCGCGUCCCCUGCGGCUCCCGCUCCGCCGGACCUGAGCCACCUCACCGAGGAGGAGAGGAAGAUCAUCCUCUCGGUCAUGGAGCGACAGAAGAAAGAGGAGGAGAAAGAGCAGUCCACGCUGAAGGAACCUCCUAAAGAAGACACAAAGCCUCAGCCAGCUCAGUGGAACCCUUUCAGUGGAAUCACUGAGCUGGUUAGUAAUGUUCUUCAGCCCCAGUCAAAGUCCACCAGUGAGGAGCAGCCAAAGCCGAAGCUGCACCAGCAGUUUGAGAUGUACAAGGACCAGGUGAAGAAGAUCGGAGAGGAGGCUCAGAAGAACCCGGAGCAGAAGGGAGACUCACCCACCUGUGGGAUCUGCCACAAAACCAAGUUUGCCGAUGGCUGCGGCCACGUCUGUUCUUAUUGCCAAACCAAGUUCUGCGCGCGCUGCGGAGGACGCGUCUCCCUCCGCUCCAACAAAGUAAUGUGGGUAUGCAACCUGUGCCGAAAACAACAAGAAAUCCUCACAAAGUCGGGAGCAUGGUUCUACAGCAGUCCUGAGGGCUCCAGAUCAGGGCCCGAAGCCAAAGUAAGGGGAGGCCCAGCCAGUGCAAACCAGGACCCUCUCAGAAACGGUUCAGGGAUCCCAGACAGAAACAGAAGCCCAUCAGCAUCCAGGGACCCCAACGCGGCAUAUAACCAAAGGGAGGGGGAAGGAGGACUGCAGUAUGCCCCGGCUGAAGGUGGCAUGCCCCGCUCUCCGUCCGACUACGGACGUGACCCUGGCCGUUCGCCGAGGAGUUCAAGAAUGUACAAUGAGGUGGGCGGUUAUCAAGACAGUCGAGGACGCUGGCACUCUCAAGGCCAGCGUUUGGAUGGCCAGCUAGAAGACUAUGACCUCCAAAGACGCCGUGAGGAGGAAUACCAGGCCCGAUACCGCAGCGACCCCAACCUGGCGCGCUACCCAGUCAAACCCCAGCCCUACGAGGAGCAGAUGCGCAUCCAUGCCCAGGUGUCACGGGCUCGGCACGAGCGGCGCCAUAGCGACGUCUCACUUGCCUAUACAGAACUGGACGAGCCUCUGCAUGACCCCGGUGGGCGGCAGUCACGCCUCCCUCUGUUGGGAGGCCCAAGUCAACGCUCGUACUCCAUGGACAGGAGCUCACCGGGACAUCGGAUGACGAAUCAUAGCCCACCAACACCACACCGCAGCCCUGUGCUGGGUGAUAGCCGCCGAGGACUGGCAGAGCCAACGAGGAAACCCAUACCCCCACAGCACCACUUGGACCCUAGCUCAGCUAUGCGCAGGAACAAACAGGACAAAAUGGAUAGCAUGCUACGAAACGACUCUCUAAGCUCAGACCAAUCCGAGUCGGUUCGGCCUCCUCCACCUCGACCACACCGCAGCAAAUGCCUUGGCAAGCUCAGAACCAUGGGCAGCUUCAGCAGCUCAGAGGAGGAGUUGGCCACCACGCCAGAGUACACCAGCUGUGAGGAUGUGGAGCUGGAGAGCGAGUCCAUCAGCGAAAAAGGAGAUAUGGAUGGUCACUGGUGGGACCAUGCGUCUUGGCAUAGCGAGGCCUCCUCAAUGUCUAUGCACCCGGUGACAUGGCAACCAUCCAAAGAUGGAGAGCGCCUAAUUGGGCGGAUAGUGCUAAACAAGCGGAUGAAAGAUGGCACGGUGCCCAGAGACACGGGGGCACUGCUGGGCCUCAAGGUGGUGGGAGGGAAGAUGACAGAGUCUGGCAGACUUUGUGCUUUCAUUACGAAGGUGAAGAGAGGAAGUCUAGCAGACACUGUCGGCCAUCUCCGACCAGGCGAUCAGGUCCUGGAGUGGAACGGGAGGGUCUUACAGGGAGCCACAUUCAAGGAAGUUUACAAUAUCAUUCUAGAAUCCAAGUCAGAGCCGCAGGUGGAGCUGGUGGUCUCACGGCCCAUCGGAGAUGUCCCUAGAAUACCAGAGAGCACACAUGGACAACUUGAAUCAAGUUCAAGUUCCUUUGAAUCUCAAAAAAUGGGCCCGUCCAUCUCUGUCACGUCCCCCAUGAGUCCUGGCAUGCUCCGGGACAACCCUCAGUAUCUGUCCGGACAGCUUUCAAGUCCAUGCCUUAGUAGAAGAACCACGCCUUUUGUCCCUAGGGUCCAGGUCAAGCUGUGGUACGAUAAAGUAGGACAUCAGCUCAUCGUCACUAUCCUGGGCGCCAAAGACCUGCCUUCACGAGAAGACGGGCGACCCAGGAAUCCAUACGUCAAAAUCUACUUCCUCCCCGACAGAAGCGAUAAAAGCAAGAGGAGAACGAAAACAGUGAAGAAAUCUCUGGAGCCCAAGUGGAACCAGACGUUCAUGUACUCGCCGGUGCACAGACGAGAGUUCAGGGAGCGCAUGCUGGAGAUCACGCUGUGGGACCAGGCCAGAGUCCGAGAGGAGGAGAGCGAGUUCCUGGGAGAGAUUCUGAUCGAGCUGGAGACGGCGCUGGUGGACGAUCAGCCUCACUGGUAUAAGCUCCAAACACAUGACCUGUCCUCCAUGCCGCUGCCGAACCCCUCGCCCUACAUGCAGAGACGCCUCCUGCACGGAGAGAGCCCCACACGCAGGCUGCAGAAUAAGGGCCCGUAUUUUUACAACUCAGGUAACUUUGCCCUGCUUGCUCCAGCUAGCUUUUCCUUUCUCUUUGGAGUGGGUGAAGACGGGAUUGGUGUUAUCUCAGAUUACCGGCACAAUGGCAGGGAUUUCCAGAGCUCCACUCUGUCUGUCCCGGAGCAGGUGAUAUCGUCCAAUCACUGUUCCCGAUCGGACGUGACCCGCACACGCUCACGCUCACCCAGCGUCCCUCCACCACAAAGUCGAAGUUUAGACCACGGUGUGAGAGGAGGACCCUCGCAGUACGGCCCCCGACAUCGCCUGUCUGAAGACAGAUACUCAACAGACAGCCAGUAUCUUACCCUCCCUCCUCGAACCAGACACAGACAGCCAAGCGUCGACCCCGCUAUCCAGGACCCCAGUAUGCACCCCCUCUAUCGGGAGGACGCGGUCAGGUUACUGCGCUCCACUAGGAUGGCCCGUGCCUUCUCAGACGGGGCUUACAAUAGCGUGGACAGGAGGAUGAGGAGAGAUAGACAAAUGUCUGCCUACAGUGACUCAUUUGAAUCUCCUGAGAGAUAUUACAAUGGGCCCAAUCAUGUAUCUACUCCAUGGCCCAAUCAUGUCAUGAAUGGAACCAGUGCAGACUACAGAGAGGACAAUAUCCCAGAGUUCCCAGCUAACCAUGAGCACUUUGAGGAAGAUCUAAGGUAUAGCCGCAGCAUGGUGGACAGACAUGACCAUUACAGGUCCAGGUCAGCUGACCAGCGGCCCAUGAUGGAGCGACCGGUCUACACGCGCUCCCGCUCGUCCGAGCGGCCCGACUCCGUCUACAUGAGAUCCAUGCCGUCCUUACCGUCAGGGAGAUCCGCCCCUCCCUCUCCUGCCUUAACGAGGGCAAACAUCCGAACGGGAUCGGUCCAAACAAGUCCCAGCAGCACGCCAGUAUCGAGUCGAAGAGGUCGGCAGCUACCGCAAGUCCCACCAAAGAGCUCUAUGGACAGAAAAGAUGGCGAGGGCAUUACUGAGCCUUAUGAAGUGGUGGGAGGGGCUUCACAACCCCUGGCCCCGCCCCCUCCACCUCCUCAAGCCACACAAGCAAUGGCUGCUCAUGUCUGGAUGGAGCCUCCUGUCCUGGGCCCCAACACCACCUAUGCCCCCAUACCUCCUCUGAGCGUCACAUGGGAGGACCAGCAGAAGAAAGCUCCUGCUGUAGUGUCAGAGUCAACAGUGUCAGAGAGUGAAGAUGCAGGCACUUUGAAGGAUCCAUCAAGGCGUGGGAUGGACAGUCUCUCCAUGAGGUCGUCGGACAGUGAUGUAAGCGACGUGUCCGCUUUGUCGAGCGCGUCUCGUCUUAGCAGCACGAGCUACAUGUCUGUCCAGUCAGAAAGGGUGCGAGCGAGCCGCAGGAUCAGCCGUGCGGAGGCUCUUCAGAGUCAGGGAGAGGAGGGCUCUGUCUCUGUGGAAGAGCAGUUGGAAUCCACUACAGCGAGCGCACAGGGGGCGGGGCAUGAUGGGGAGGUGGGCGGGGCUACUGUCAACCCAGAGGAAGAGGAAGAACAGGAGGAACCUGAGAGGGCUCAGACGGCCACCCCGGGGUCCAACAUCACCAAGAGCUCCAGUGUGGGUGGAGACAUGUGCUCGCUGGGCAGGAACGACGACGAAGACGACGACAAGAAGAGGCGCUCCAGCUUCGGAGCCAAGAUGGCUGCCAUGGUGGGACUGGGGAAGAAGAGUCAAAGCACCUCCCAGCUGGACCCAGAGGAGGAGGGUAAGAAGAAGAAGCCGGUGCGUCUGGCGAUCCAGCGGAGUGUAGAGACUGGUUUAGCCGUCGAGAUGAAGAGCAGGAUGACACGGCAGCCCAGCCGUGAGACCACAGAUGAUGGCGAUAAGGUGAAGCCUGGAAAUCUAAUCUUCCCUGGAGUGAAGAUCUCUUCAGACAGCCAGUUCACUGAGUUUUUGGAUGGUCUUGGCCCCGCCCAGCUGGCAGGGAGACAGACAUUGGCCACGCCUCCAAUGGGUGACAUCCAGAUUGGUAUGGUGCACAGGAAGGAGAGGCUGGAUGUUGAAGUUAUUCGGGCUCGAGGCCUGGUGGGCAAACCAGGGAACAAACAGACGCCAGCACCUUAUGUAAAAGUUUAUCUGCUGGACAAUGGGAAGUGCAUCAACAAAAAGAAAACACGGACGGCGAGAAAAACACUGGAUCCUCUUUAUCAACAGCAGCUUCAGUUUGAGGAGAAUCCUGAAGGAAAGGUUUUACAGAUAAUUGUUUGGGGGGACUAUGGACGCAUGGACCACAAAUCCUUCAUGGGAGCCGCCCAGAUCCUGUUAGACGAUUUAGAGCUGACCAACAUGGUGAUUGGCUGGUACAAGCUCUUCCCUCCCACCUCAUUAGUGGACCCAACCUUGGCACCUUUAAGUAGUAAACCUCCAGAUUCAGGCCUGGACAGUUCCAACGUUCGGUCGUAGCGGCACGAGGAGGUGAGCGGUAGAGAGCGGCGUGAGUAGCUCCAGCUACAGACAGAGAGGAGACGGUCUCGACGGGUCACGUCCUGGUUACACUGCAUGCUUGAUGUUGUGUCCUCUGAGCCCAUGCGAAAAGAGGCUAAGAAAAGGCCUACGUCCUUCUGCCAAAAAAAUAACCGAAAAGAAAAUGUAUGCUGCUGUCACACGCUGGGAAAGAACGACAGAGGAAGUCUCUCCGUUCCGCUGAAGAGAUGCAGCCAGGGAUUCAGUGGAGUCUGACUCUUAACUGUAGGACGUUAAGAGUGCUGAUUUCCACCAGAAUAGGAAGACGCCGUUUUACUCUGGAUGUUUUCUCUCUGUUGAAUUCAAAGAGAUGUCAGUGUUUCUUAUCUAGAACUUGAUGCAUUGUAGCCAUUACUGUAAGCCAAGCUGUCAAAAGAAGAUCCAUAAAGAGAGAAGCACUUGGCUAAGAUGGGACAGGAAAGGGUAGCCUGAGAGAUGACAUUCUCAUGGGAAUGACCCUACAUCAAGCCAGAUCUCCACUGGAUCGCUCUUCAAGGUUCGGUGAUGAGGAAAUGGAUAUGGCCAGAGUUCCUGUUCGAUUCAGGAAACAACAGAAUUCUGAGAAGAAAAAAAAAAUUAAAUUAAAUAAUUAAAUAAUGGACCUUUUUGUGCUCCGGUAUGAUGUUCUCUUUGUUGAUGUAUUGUAUGAAAUGUAUGAUUUUUUUUUUUUUUUGCAUGGAUGCAAAGUUGUUUUAAAAAAU